UUUUCCUUUCUCUGGUGAACUGACAAACACAAAGGUGAAGUUCUAGAGAGAGUGUGAGGAAAACACUUGGAAAGAGGAUUUGACAAGGACAAGAAAAGGGGAGAGCUGACUACAAAGUAGAUCCAUCAACCAAGGUUAUAAGGCAAGAAUCAAGAACCCUAGUAGGACUUUCUUCCAAGUUGAUCGAGCUUUCAACCACCGCUCAUUGCGUGGUCUAAUUCAGCGACUUGUUCUCGAAGGCUGGCCAAACUGAAGAAGAUUGAAUGUGGGGCUGAAACCAGUGGCACAUGAGUGGAACAAGAGAGAAAGGCUCAGCAACCACCAAAACUCCAGCUGAUUUUCUUAAAUCUAUUCGGGGGCGACCUGUUGUUGUCAAGUUGAACUCUGGUGUUGACUAUCGAGGUAUUCUAGCUUGUCUUGAUGGAUAUAUGAAUAUAGCAAUGGAACAAACAGAGGAGUAUGUCAAUGGACAGCUGAAGAAUAAAUAUGGGGAUGCUUUUAUUCGUGGGAAUAAUGUGUUAUAUAUCAGCACAUCAAAAAGAACUUUAGCGGAAGGUGUAUAAAAAUUGGGAUUUCCCAAACACAUCAACUUAUUUCAUCAUUUUGUCUGCUGUUGAUGAAUGAGCAGAUCAAGAAUUCCUUCUUUUUCUAGGUAGAUCAAGAAGCUUUAUAUCACUAAACAUGUCAUUUGAACUAGAUCAGGUUUGGAAUGUAUACGACUUGUUUUGUGGUGCAGAUCGUCUGAUGUAUGAUUUGCCUGUAAUCUGCUACUAUUGCAUCAAGAUAUGAUUUACUGCAAAUAGAUCUGCUCAAAUUGGUUCUGGGUAUAGCCCUCUAA